AUGAAAAGCAAAUUAUAUGUACCGGGCGUAGGUCAAGCAGGAGUUAAUCAACUUGGUGGUGUUUUUGUCAAUGGUCGUCCGUUACCUGAUCAUGUUCGUCGACAGAUUGUCGAGCUGGCAUUAGUUGGAAUUCGGCCGUGUGAUAUUUCACGGAAACUACUUGUUUCCCAUGGAUGUGUUUCGAAGAUUUUAACACGAUUCUAUGAAACGGGUUCCAUUCGACCUGGAUCAAUCAAUGGAACCAAUGGUCGACACUCAAAAAAAGGAUACAGUAACCGGAUGGACGUCAAUAAAUGUCAGAAUGCCAAUAUAUCACCGUCAUCAAACAAAACGCACGAGAACGAGGAAGCAUCAUCAGUUCGAAAUUACCAAUCAUCAUCAUCAACAAGUCCCGAACAUCUUCCAACAAACUUCUAUUCAUCAUCUCGAUAUUUUUCAUUCCAUCAGCAAAGUCAGUUUUUCUUUCAACAUCAACCACCACCAAGUGCAGUGCCGACGAAUCCUUCUUCUGAUGAAAAUGAUGCAUCCGAUGAUGAUGAUGACGACGACGAUGACGACAAUAGUUCGAUUUCAUCAAUCGAAAGCAAACCAAAUACUUCAUCAUCUUCACUUAUCAAACAUUCAAUUGAAAACAUUCUCUCAAUGAAAGUGACAAUAAAAAGCAAAAGACCUCUAUCAUCAUCAUCGCAUUCAUCAACUGAUGAACGAAUCAACAACAACAAGCGUCAAAAAUCUGUUGCAUGUUAA